AUGGAGGAGAGCAUGAGGAGAUAUGUGGACUCGAUCAUCGAACCGUUGGAGCGGAGGCAAGCAUCACCGACGGUACCAUCGACUGGAAUCAAUGUGACGGAAUGGGAUGCGCAGACACAAGCUGCUUGCACGACUUCGUUGGAGGCAUUGAAUGGUGUAUCGAACAACCCUUCAGGAAUGGCUGUAUGCUACAAUCUGCCGUAUUUGGACAACAGCACUGGAGUUUUCGAGGCCGAUCUGCGAUUGUACAUGAUCGCUGCACCAACCGGAGACUUCGUCAACAUCGCAAGCUCGAAUGUACAGGUUGGAUUGUCAUACAAUGGAGCGACAGUAUCAACAGUCAAUGCGUCAUCAUUGAAGAGGAGAUCCGAUGCAACAUCGUUGAUCUCUUGGCCAAGGGCUGUGGAGGUUGUAAAGAGAGCGACUGUACCAACUUUGGUUCAAUCAUAUGCUUUCGUUGGACAAAUUAACCAGAAUCUUUUGACCACCAACAUGGGAACUGCUGCCCUUCAAAAGGUUCUCGUCCCAACUGUUACCCUCACUGGAACCGAUUCGACUGGCGCUCAAGUCAAUACCUCCCUCUCCUCCGAUGAAGCGACUUUCGUAUCGGGCGUUUUCGCAGAGCAAGCUACCACUACCGUCACAAAGGCUGCAGUUGACCCACCAAUUCAAACCCUUGUUGUCGCAUCCGAUGCACCAUUUGUGGUCCCAGGUCUCAACAUCUUGAUCAUUCCUAUUGGAUUGAUCAUCACAAGCAUCUGGACCGUUCUUUUCGUCGCAACUAUCGCAUAUGGAACUGUUGGACGAAUGCAAUUCAGGGAACAAUACCGAAGACGAUCAGCCAGAGCUGAGAAGGGUGAUGUGCCACGCAUCUAA